AUAAUAAUAAUAAUAAUCGUGGCGUUUUCUUAAAAUUGUGUUUGCCAACUGAGAAAGAGAGAGAAAAAAAAAAAAAUUGAGAGAGAAAAGAGACAGAGAGGGAGAGAGCAGCGUGGAUCGGCGAAGUGGUUACGGGAAUAUUUGGUCAAUGAGAUAUCUUUGGACUCCGAGAAUCACUUAACAACUAUAACCCUAGUUGCAAUGGAAGGUGGGUCCCCAGAUCAGGAUUCAAUAGGAUCUGGAACAAAGAGAUCUAGUGUGUCAUCUGGUAGCAGGCCUCGGAGUCGCAAGGAGUUCCUUAAUAAAUUCUUGAACAGUGAAGGCCUUUCUGCAAGCCUUGAAGACUGGUUUGAAUCGAUAUCCAACAAAUCAGCACCCAAAAAGCCUGCUUUUGAUGUUCCUUUUGAGUUGAUAGACCUUCAAAAAUUUGAUUACGCAUUGGAAGGGAUUUCAUUCCAGCAGCUAUUUAGGAUGCCUAAUGCUGUUAACGCUUCAACAUCUGAUGCUGUAGAAGCAACAGCUCAUUUUGCUAUUGAAGAUUUUUUACAUGCUGGUGUGAAGGGCUUGUGGGAAGCAUUUUGGAGUCAGGAUGAGUCCAUGCCUUUCUCUGUUGCUUGUCUAUACAAUGAAAAUUGGAAGUUUUACCAAGCUGAGAAGGCAAUUGCUAAUGGGAAGCUUGGUGGUCUUUGUGCUACUGGUAUAUUGUUGAAUAACCCUCGACAUCCUCACGGGAAGUGGGAUCAUAUUCUUGAAUUGGCACUUCUUAGACCUGAUAUUGGAAGCCUUGCUGCGGAAAAUGACAAGCAGCUUUCACUCUCUGUUUUAGGUGAGGCACUUUUUUAUGCUAUUCACAUACUAAUAUCAAGAACAUUGAGCAGAUUGAAUUUCUCACAGAGUCCAAACUCUGUUUUUAUUAUUCUUCUUGAUUCUCAAUACGGUGGGGUUCUCAAGGUUGAAGGAGAUGUAAAUAAAAUGGAGUUUGAUGUGAAUAAUGUUUAUGAAUGUGCUGCUGAGUGGAUUAAAAAACAUUCCAGAGUUGCAGUUUCUCCAAUAGAUAGGAUCUGGAACAAGCUAGGUAAUGCCAAUUGGGGAGAUCUUGGUGCUUUACAGGUCCUUUUCGCCACAUUCCAUUGCAUUGCGCAGUUUGCUGGACCUCCCAAGCACUCGAUUGAGGAUUUAGCUGCUGACCAUGGUUCUCGCUUGCAAGCAAGAAGAAUGGAGAGGCAGUUGGGGGAUACCAGGGUAAAUGGAAAUGGUUUAUUUAGGUUCCAGCAGCACAGUGUUUCCCCAGAAAUUGUUGAAGUCCAGGAUGAAUCCAUCAAAGUUGAGUCCGAAGAGCUAAUGAAAUUAGAAGUGGGAUCAGUAUUAUGGUUGGAAGACUCAAAUUGGCAGAAGGGUUAUCAGAUUAACGAAAUCCUGAGUACUGGUGAACAUCCAUAUUAUGUUGCAUCUCCAGUUGAGGAACCUGGAAAAAGUCUAUUUUUAUAUGUUGGUUCCCCUCCUUCUCAAUUGGAACCGGCAUGGGAAGGUAUGAGCUUGUGGUAUCAAGUUCAAAGACAGACUAAAAUAUUGACAAUUAUGAAACAGAAAGGUAUAUCUAGCAAGUAUUUACCUCAGUUGAGUGCAUCUGGCAGGAUUAUUCACCCCGGCCAGUGCAGGAGAUCCAGCUCAGGCGGAAACUGUGAUCACCCUUGGUGUGGCACUCCAAUUCUUGUGACCAGCCCAGUUGGUGAAACAGUGGCCGAUAUGAUGAGUGGAGGAAGAUUUGGCACCAAUGAGGCUAUCAGGUGCUGCCAUGAUUGCUUGUCUGCACUCUCAACUGCUGCUUCUGCAGGAAUUCGGCAUGGAGACAUUAGGCCUGAGAAUGUAAUUCAUGUGAAGUCCGGUGUGAGGUAUCCUCAUUUUGUCCUUAUUGGUUGGGGGCAUGCUAUUCUAGAAGAGAGGGACCGUCCUGCAAUGAAUCUCCAUUUCUCAUCAACUUUUGCUCUUCAGGAAGGAAAGUUGUGCUCUGCUUCGGAUGCCGAGAGCCUUGUUUAUAUGCUUUAUUUUUCUUGUGGUGGUGCAUUACCUGAACUAGAUUCAGUUGAGGGGGCAUUACAGUGGAGAGAAACUUCUUGGUCAAGGAGGUUGAUUCAGCAGAAGCUAGGAGAUGUCUCAACUGUUUUGAAAGCAUUUGCGGAUUAUGUUGACAGUCUAUGUGGAACACCAUAUCCAAUGGACUAUGAUAUAUGGCUUAGAAGACUGAGAAGAAAUAUACAUGAGGAAGAUUAUGGAAAGGAAAUUGACACUUCAGGCUAGAAUCUAAGAUCAUCUGGCGCAUUAACUUUUCCUAUUGUCAUAAUUUGGCUUUUGGUGGAAACUUUCAUGACUCUCUCAAUUUAACCCCUUUUGAGGAUCUGAAGUCCGUAUUCAUCAGGACAGACAUGAAGAAGCUCAAGCCUGAUUGUCCCUUUCUGCUUUUGGUUCGGCUUUUAUUUGUCAUCAAAAUCAAUUGGAACUGCUUCAUGGUUUCUGGACAGAAAAUUGAUCAGGGUUAGCGGAAAAAUUAUCUGGUUACAGAAUGUUUAUGGAUGUGGUUGAUUGAAGAAUUAUCUGGAUGUUUGCAUGCAGUUCCAAUAUUAGUCCUGUAUGGGAUGAAAGAGCUAUGGUUUCUGCACUCAAAAUGAGAUUUUUUUUUUAUUUUUUUUUUUUUCUCCUCUUUCCUUUUUACGGAUAUAUUCUGUAUUUAUUACCAUUUCUUUGUAAAGAUAGGGUCACUCAAGUUUCCCAUUGUGUAAUUGUUGUCUAUGAGAGCUUACUUCAGUGGAGUCCAUUUUGUGUCCAUGACAAUUUCAUCAUAUCUAUAUAUUUUUUUAAACUUUUUUUUCUGUUUUGUA